UGAGAUUCAGAAACAGUUCUCGUUGGUUUGAAGUAAAGUUUAUUUCGAAAUGUUCACUAAGAAUUAUUUAUAUUUGCUAGUUUUAUGCACGUUUCUAUUCAAUGUGGUUUCAACAAAUAAUUUGCAGUUUAGCAAUCAUAUCGCCAAACGGGCUGCAACUGGAAGAAACAUUCGUCCCUCUGAAAGAGCUUGCAACAGCUUUCCACGCACAAAUGCACGUCUGGUGCUCCGAUCCAUAACACGAUUCGGAGCACCAGAAAAUCUCCAGCAUAUGGCAGCUAUAGUUACCAAAAAUGAAAGAGGCGAUGGGUUUGAAUAUAAAUGUGUAGGAACCAUUAUAGAGAAGCGUUUUAUUUUAACAGCUGCGCACUGUUUGGACUAUUUGAACGGUAAAGAAACUUUUGUUGCAGUUGGUGUGAAUAAUCUACGAAACCUUGGUCAAGCAACACGUCAACGCGUAAAGACAAAGUAUAUACAUCCAGAUUACAGUAUGGGAAUUAAUGAUAUUGCUCUAUUAGAAUUAGAGAACGAUUUAAGUUUCAAUUCAGCCGUUUCACCAGCUUGUCUAUACACAGAUCAAAAUAUACCUGAAACUCUUACUGUGGGUCUAUGGUGCCGAGAAUCUGCAGAAAUGUUAUUUGAAUCACAUCCAAAAUAUCUGACUGAAAAUGAGUGUAUUAGGAGUUUCGAAGGUGUUCAGAAUUUCUUAAAUCAAAAUUCCUUUUGUGUUAAUGAAGGAGAACUUUGCAUCGGUGCAUCAGGCGUCGGUCUGGUCAAAAAAGUGAAUGGAGUUAACUACGUAGUAGGCGUUGUUGUCUUGGGUAAAAGCAGAGGAGCUGAAUAUGUUGGGCCAAGUAUAGCGAUGCGAGUAGCUGGGUAUUUGGAUUUCAUUGAGAAUAUUGUUUGGUCAAGGAGACAAUGAAGAAACUGUGGGAGAAGCUUUCUCUCUCAAUUAAAGUUCAAAAUUUUAACUUAAAAUACACAGAUUUAUUAUGAUUUUAAAUGGACUAUUUUUAAUAAGUGUUUUUA